UUUGUCAUGAAUAAUUUAAUAAAUUUGAAAUAUGAAAUUGGAUUAAUGAGUACUAUGGUUCGGUCAAAUUAUUCAAAUAUUGAAGUUUUAAUGAAUAAAAUUAGUAAUAAUAAUCUUAAUUCAACAUCAUCAUGGAAUGAUGAAUUUAACAUUGACCGAUUAUUGCCAGUUAAAAGUGAGAGUGAAUUAAAAGCCUUGGAAGAUAAUCUCAAAAUUAAUGAUUUUAAAACAUCACUGGUUACUAAAUUGUCUGUUUUAAUCGAUAACAAUGACUUGGGUAAUAGUGUUCGUAGAAUCGUUGGACGCAUGUUUGAUGAUAACAUUUUGUCAUAUUAUUUAUUAUUUGGGUUCAAACAAAAACUUUCAUUUUCAAAUCUUUUGAGUUAUCGUGUGAUAAUAGAUUCAAUCAGGAAAUCAGUAAAAUAUAACAGUAUUCCAGAAAAAGAUAUAGAUAGCUAUUUGGGUAUUUGGCUGUCUCAUGCACCUUUUAAAAUAAAAAAAAAAGAAUCAAAAAGUCUUAAAUAAUUAUAUUUUUAUCAAUAAGUAUAAUGUUUUUUAUGUUUUCUCUA